AUGGGCCGAAAUAAGUCAAAUAACAUGCAUAAAUUCAUCCCCCGUCUAUAUAAGUUGAAACUUGAAAUUGUGAUUUUGGUUGAAAUAAGAGUAAAGCAAGAGAAAGCUAGCCAGUUUGUCCUAAGUUCUGAUCAGCAUGUUCAUUAUGGUGUCUAUGAUAAGUUGGGUAGUUUAAAGUAUUGGUUAACUGCAAUCUCUGCUCACAAUCAGCUUGAUAAUAGAAAGGCCUUAUGGAAGGAUAUUGUCAAUCUGCACCAAUCUAUUAGAGGUCCUUGGUGUGCUAUGUGUGAUUUCAACAAUGCGGUUAGGGCUCAAGGUAGAAUUGGAGGUAGGAUGGUUGUUGAAGCAGAGUACAAAGGUAUGCAGGAAAUGAUGCUAAAAUCUGGAUUGAGUGAGAUGGACAGUGUUGGAAAUUACAAUACCUGGAGUAAUAAACAUGUUACAAGUAUCAUCUACUCAAGAAUUGAUAGGGUGCUUGGAAAUGUUGAUUGGUUCAAUGGCAGCAUGGAUAAAGUCCUGAAAAUUCUCCCACCUAGUGUGUCUGACCAUGCCCUUUUGUGUGUGGAUGGGAAGGUUCAUAAAGGCAAUAGAAGGUUAAAAUACUAUAACUGCAUGGCUGAUAUGACAGAAUAUGAGGAAGUGGUUAGACAUAGUUGGAAUAAGCCUCUACAUGGGGAGCCUAUGCUUGUCCUUUGGAGUAAACUUCAAAGACUUAAACCUGAGCUUACUAAAUUCAGUAGAUCAAUGUCCAAUGUUACUCAAGAGUUGGAAAAAGCCAGAAAGGAGCUAGAGAUAUCUCAGACUAAUCUUACUAAAAAUAGAAUGGAUGCUGAGGCUGUGGACAAAGUUAAAGAGUGUACUGAUAGUGUUAUAAAAUGGAAUGAGUUAGAAGAGAAUAUGCUGAAGCAGAGAGCUAAGAUUGAUUGGCUGAGGAUGCAUGAUGGAAAUAAUGCUUAUUUUUAUGCUUCAAUAAAAACUAAAUAUCAAAACAAGAGUAUGCAGGUUCUGCACCAAUGUGAUGGGACUGUUUUGACUGAAAAAGAAGAUAUUCAUAAUGAGGUGAUGACCUAUUACAAGAACAUUAUGGGGACAACUCCAUCUACCCUUAAACAUGUGGACAUUGAAGCCAUGAGAAAUGGAAAGCAAGUUACUAAGUCUCAAGGGGAUACUCGUAUUGCCAAGGUGACUGAAGAGGAAAUUUAUAAUGCUUUAAAGGGCAUAGGAGACUUGAAAGCUUAUGGUAUUGAUGGCUAUGGAGCCAAAAAUUUUAAGUCCAGUUGCCAAAUUAUCAAAGAUGAUGUGAUGGCUACAGCUCAGGACUUCUUUAAAAAAGGUAAUCUGUUCAGGGCUUUCAAUGGCACAAUAGUUACCCUCAUCCUUAAGAAUGUACAAGCCAAGAUUGUGAAGGAGUACAUGCCUAUAAUAGGUUGUACUACAUUCUACAAAAUUUUUUCCAAGGGGAUGACUAAUAGACUGGGUAAGGUUUUACAAGAUGUUAUCCACCAGAGUCAGACAACUUUUGUGCCAUGCCAAGUUAUCCAUAAUCACAUUCUUUUAGCUUUUGAGUUAAUGAAAGGUUAUGCUAGAAAGGGCGGGACCCCCAGGUGCAUGAUGCAGAUAGACAUACAGAAGGCCUAUGAUAUGGUUAGGAGGGGUAUAAGGCAAGGGGACCGUAUUUCCCCUUUACUGUUUGUGAUUUUGAUGGAAUACAUGAAUAUAACUAUGGCAAAGAUGCAAAAGAAUCCAAACUUUAAUCAUCAUAGUUUGACUGUGAAUCAAAGCAAGUGCAAAAUGUUUUGUGGAGGAAUGAAGAAUGAUGUUGCUGCAGUCCAGAACUUGACAGGUUUUGCUGUAGGUCAGUUGCCCUUAAGAUACUUGGGAGUCCCUUUGUUGUGUAAGAAGUUGAAUUUGAAUCAUUAUCUACCUAUGGUGGAUAGAAUUACCAGUCGUAUUAGGCAUUGGACUGCCAAACUGCUUAGUAGAGCUGGUAGAAUCCAGUUAGGGAAUACCAUAACCACUGCCAUUGCACAAUACUGGAUGCAUUGUUUUCCUUUGCUAAAGUUUGUUAUCCAUAAAAUUGAUGCUCUUUGUAGGUCGUUUGUUGGGACAAGUAAAUCUGAAGUGAGCAGAAAGAGUCCUUUGGCUUGGAAGAAAACUUGUAGCCCUAUCCAUCAAGGAGGACUGAAUAUUAUAAAUCUGGAGGUGUGGAACUCUAUAACUCUACUAAAGUGCUUAUGGAAUUUAUGUAUGAAGCUGGACAAUCUUUGGGUUAAGUGGGUACAUGUGUACUACUUAAAGGGUGUAGAUGUUCAGACAGUGUGCAUUCCAAAAACAUGCUCUUGGAUCUUGACAGCCAUUAUCAACAAGAGAUCUUUUAUUCCUCUGAUUCACCUAAUCAGAACAUGGUACCUCCUCUGA